UCAAGUGACGCUGAGAGCAGCCUGCGCCAUCCCCCCCCACUCGGACCUCUUAGCAUGGAGGUCCCUCACGUGGGCCUCGUUCGCCUGACUGUCGGCGGCGCUUCCGGGCAAUGCUUGGAGCACACGGGGACUGGUGAGAUCGUCAGGCUACCUGACGACAUGGGCCCAGAUUGUGCACUUGCCUUCUCAGGUGAUGGUUUCGCUUACUUGACGCUGCCGCACCGUAGGAACGACCGAGUGGGCGAGAUGGCAUCCGACGGUGUUUCUUUCGUUGUGUGGGCAAAUAAUAUUUUCACUCGGACCUAUCACAAAACCGACUCAGGCAAACCUUUCGUGAAGAAAGAAGAUGGCGCCGCCGUGUGGUGCAAAAAAUUUUCCGAGGAGUCUUCGUCAUCAGGUUUUGAACAUACCAGAGGCACAAACAAGACCAUCCACAUUCAGGUUUGGCUCUACACUCUGCCAGUCGCUGGUUGUUUCAUGUUUUGGUCUCUGCCCUGCCUGGUCCUGGCAAUGCUGGGGAGGUACAGUUGGCCAUUAUUGAAAAAAAGAGUCGAAGCAUGCAAGAGGAUCGCGUUGCAGCUCGGCCUCGAUGCAUCGAGCUGCAUGCCGAGCACCCGUUCAUUGUUAGCUUCUGCGAGGAAUGACAUACGAUGUGGUGGUGAGGGCAAGGUGAGGGCUCUCGACCUCACUCAAAGCAGCGACGACACCAAGCUUUCCACGACUCUCAUGCUUUGGUUUCUCGUAAAGUCAUUGGUCAGCAAGGGGAAGAGCGAGCCACAGGAGGCCGAGAACUCCAGACUUAUCAUGGAAACGUUCUUUGACAGGUAUCUCGCGCACGACGGCGCUUUUUUCACCUACGGACCAGAGGCUGCGAUUGGGGAGGCCGCUAUUCCACCUCGACGGAUCGUGGUGGCAGGCGGCGGCGUGGAUGCGGGGGCCUUGACGAUCCUUCUCGGCCACGGGUUGGCCGCGCAGUUUUUCAGACGCACUCCAACCGACGAUCAUAACAAGGCGCCUGCGUAAACCCAGCGUGCCGCUUGUGUAUCUGUUGCGUUUCCUGGGGAACCCUAUCGGGAAGGACCCGUCGAGUGAUGCCAAGAUCAGCCUUGCCAAAGACAUCAUUUCCAGCCUCGCAUGCGUCAUGGAGUGUUCAAGGGUGGACGGAGACAAUUGGCCGACUGAAAAGAUAUUGGAGUUGCCAGCCAUAACCACGCCGACAGGGAAGAACCGCAAGACAACCAGACUCUACAAACUAGAGCUUUUAAAGAAAAUGAAGCAACAUCCAGCCCUGAAGACAGCCAAAGCAGCACUUGCUGGAAUGAAGAUCUGGGGUCGCAAAGGGAAAGGGCGUGAGACCGUCUCCCAGGCCACGCGGUGGGACUGGGAUGUUUUCUUUGGUUACAUGUCCAAUGGGUGGUCCUUCAUGCCGAACCGCGGGUCCCUUUGCAUGCAGACCGACGGGGUGUGGCUCGCAGGUGAGGAGACAACUUAUU